AUGGAUCCCCUUUCAGUCACGGGAAUUGUAUUGACUAUCCGAGGGAUUAUGCUUAUAGUCGACGAGGUUAGAAAAAUGUGCAGGGAAUACGAAGCAUAUGACGAAGAGACAAGGCUACUAAAACACACAAUCGAUUCUCAAAUGAUAAUGGUGGCAUCGAUAGGAGAGGCAAAUUUUAUGGUGCCUAAACAUAUCGCAGAAAGAUAUACGCUUAUUCCGUACUCUUUCCUACAAUUGGAAAAGGAAAUUAAACGUUUACGGGAACUAUUUACCCAAUUUGAACGUUUUGAUAAAGGCCUAAACGAAAAGUCCAAGGCACAUCAAAUAUACACAAAAACCUUCAAAUCAAAACUUUUGAGAGUAAAGAAGUCCUCAAUCUCAGUCCAACUGAAGAUUGAUAAUCUUAUCCAGUUGACAACUAUGGUUAAUACCAUUAAUAACUCCCUGGAGUAUGGAGGGGGCACCUCCUCUGCAGCUGAGGCUGGUGCCCCUCUUUCUGGACCUAGCAGUACUAGAAGUAGGCUUGAUUCCCUUGGGAAUCUGAUCGAGGAAGGCAAUAAAGCCUUAGAGAAUGCAAUAAAAAUACAAAAAGAAAUUUCCAAAACCUUCCAGCAAUUGGAAGAAUCCCUCGGGGAGCUGGAGGGGAGGUGGCGGAGGGACUCGGAGACGAGGAGGGAGCUGGUGCGGUGGAUGCGGAGGGACCUGGAGACAAGGAGGGAGCUGGUGCGGGGGAUGCGGAGGAUGGCCUUCUUGGGGUUAUCGACUCAGCGAUGA